GGGUGCGUCCGGAGACGCCAAUCAGCGGCCCGAGGGGCGGGCCGGAGGGGUGUGGGCCCGAGGGCCGCGGUGCUCCGCGGGCCAGUCGCGGAUUGUCAGAACGGUCGGCGGCCGAGCAAGCGAGGCAGCGCCGUUGGGUCCUGCCGGAUUCCCGGCCCGCGGAAGGAUGAGAGCGCGGAGGACGCCGGGCCCCGGGCGUCGCAGGUGGUGAGACUUGGGAGCUGUGGGGGCCGUGGCAGGACUUCUUCCGGGAUCCGUGCUGAAUGGAGAGGACCGAAGCGACCCCGAGCCGCAGCUCCUAGCGGCGGGGCGCUGCCCCGCCUGGCUCGGCCAGCCUAGGAUGUGUGGGUGCCGGGCGGCGUCUGGGAGUUGAGCGCCUUCGUGCCUCAGGACCCCCCCGGGGCCCCGGGAUGAGUUAGCGAGAGCCGCCGCGGGGGUCGGUUGCUCCAGCCCCAGGCCGAGGCAGCGGCAGCUGUCCACCCUCCCCCGGGCCGUGCCGGAGCCGCUCGUUCCCUUCCGCGCCCGCUCGCCCGCGGCGCCGGCCCGGGAGACCAUGAGGUUCCGCAUCUACAAGCGGAAGGUGUUGAUCCUGACGCUCGUGGUGGCCGCCUGCGGCUUCGUCCUCUGGAGCAGCAAUGGGCGACAGCGGAAAAACGAGCUCCUCGGCCCGCCGCUGCUGGACGAGCCGGGGCGAGGGGCGGGCAGCCGGGCCGCUGAGCAUCCCGCCGUGUCCGUGGGCAUCCGCCGGCUCGCCAACGAGUCGGCGGCCCCGCAGCGCGAGGCGGACAACCAGACGCUGCGGUACCGGUCCUUGGUAUACCAGCUGAACUUCGACCAGACGCUGAGGAACGUGGACAAGGCCGCCGCGUGGCCCCCGCGAGAGCUGGUGCUGGUGGUCCAGGUGCACAACAGGCCCGAGUACCUGCGGCUGCUGCUCGACUCCCUUCGGAAAGCCCGGGGCAUCGGGGACGUCCUAGUCAUCUUCAGCCACGACUUCUGGUCUCCGGAGAUCAACCAGCUGGUGGCCAGUGUGGAUUUCUGCCCAGUGCUGCAGGUGUUCUUCCCUUUCAGCAUGCAGCUGUACCCCAACGAAUUUCCGGGCAGUGACCCCAGAGAUUGCCCCCGAGAUCUAGAUAAGAGAGCGGCCCUGAAGCUGGGGUGCAUAAACGCCGAGUACCCUGACUCUUUCGGCCACUAUCGAGAAGCCAAGUUCUCACAAGUGAAGCAUCACUGGUGGUGGAAGCUGCAUUUUGUGUGGGAGAGGGUCAAAGUUCUUCAGGACUACGAUGGUCUCAUGCUUUUCCUGGAGGAGGACCACUACAUGGCCCCUGACUUCUUCCAUGUCUUGAAGAAGAUGUGGGGAUUGAGGCAGAAGGAGUGCCCUGAGUGCGAUGUGCUCUCCUUGGGGUCCUACACGCCCGUGGGCAAUUUCGCAGGCAUAGCGGACAAGGUGGACGUGAAAACUUGGAAAUCCACUGAGCACAAUAUGGGCCUAGCCUUGACCCGAGAGGCCUAUCAAAAGUUGAUCCAAUGCACAAACGCUUUCUGUACUUAUGAUGACUAUAACUGGGACUGGACUCUACAAUAUUUGACUGUCUCUUGUCUUCCAAAAGUCUGGGAAGUGCUGGUUCCUCAGGUUCCUAGGAUUUUUCAUGCUGGAGACUGUGGCCUGCACCACAAGAAAACCUGUAGACCAUCCACGCAGGGUGCCCAAAUUGAGUUACUCUUAAACAAUAAUAAACAAUACAUGUUUCCAGAAACUCUAAGUAUAAGGAAGAAAUUUGGUAUGGUAGCCCCUGUAGCAGCUAGGAAAAAUGGAGGGUGGGGAGAUAUUAGGGACCAAGAACUCUGUAAAAGUUAUAGAAGAUUGCAGUGAGAAAAAUCAGUUAACAAAAGCGAAAGUGACAGUCAAGUUUUGAUAUUUGUCUGAACAGAAUAUACAGUUUAAAAAGGGGGUUUAGGGACUGACUUCUGCUUUAAUUUUUUUUAAAAAAAUUAUUGUAAAAGGUAUUCAGAUAUGUAAUAUUUUCCAGUUAUGUCUGAUUAAGAUUUAUUACACAAAUCUUCAUUUGAAAAAUUUUAAAAAAUCUAUCUGCUAAAGGUAAUUAUUGUUAAUUGGAUUAGAGGAAAGGGAAUUUUAUUUAAAUCAUAUUAGUCUUUUUAUCUGGAACUUUAUACACUUUUCCACUUUCAAAACAUUUUAAGUACAGCAAAAUUUAAGAUUGUCAUAGCAGUAAAAAGUAUUACAAUGAAAUUGCUAGAGUAUUAAUGAAAUAAACCCAAUUUCACUAUUGACACAGUUAUAGGGAUUGCUUUACAGGAUUUAUAAUUCAGAAGUUGUUAUUUGCUAAACACCCCAGCAAAACAGCCAUUUUCAGUAUUAAGGAUUCCUGUAUUACUGUGUUAAGAUUUGCCUGUGCUUUGGAAACUUCAUAGACACACUUUCUUUUGGAAUGUAUUUGAUUGUUAAGAAAGUUUCAAAUUUACACCUCAAUGUAGAAAUACAGUGGUUUCAUUUUUAUUUUCUGUUAGUGCUGCCAAAAUAAAAUAUUCAUUUUUGCAUAAAAAGA